UCUCAUUUUGUUUCUCCUCUCUUCGCCUCUUCCUUCUUUCCUCAUUUUCGUUCCUCAAUUCAUUUCAACGUUCCCUAAUUCCGCAUCAACACCAUGCAUCUCUAAUUUCUCGACACUCUCACACCACGCAUUUCUAAUUUCUCGGCACUCCUCCCUCUGAACACACUCCGAGAACACUCCCUCCGUGGUUGUGGUUUAGACUAUAGAGAGAAGAAGAGCUAGGUUAGGGGAAGAUGUGUUCGUCGAUAUCUCCGCGCGAAUUGAAAGCACUGUGGUUGUGCUUCNUUUUAUCUUCUUCUNCAUUGGAANGAACCCUAAUCCAUCCCUUAUCGAUCGGAAUCAAUGGAGGGAAUGNUGUCCGCGAACGAGCAGCAGAGCAUGGUGUCUUCGUUCCUUGAGGUGGCUCAGGGCCAAAUUGCCGAGACUGCGCGCCAGUUCCUCCAGGCUACCAGUUGGAAGCUUAAGGAGGCUCUUCAGUUGUUUUUGAUAGGUAGUGAAAGUGAGGCAGUGCUGCCUCCAACUUUGCACACUCCGCCUUUGGAAAAUGUUGAUUCCUGGACUGACCAACCUCCCAGUGAACCUAUGAAGGACCCAUCGGGGAGUGAACGUGUUGGACUUAAUGAGGCAGAAGAAGUGCGCCCUCCCUUACCUGUAAUUAGGGAAACUCUCUAUGAUGAUGCAAUGCUGUAUGGGUAUGUUUUUCUUUUUGUCAGAGAUGCAAUGCUUUAUUAUUUGGUGUGUUUUUAAACUCUGGAUUAUAUAUUUGUAUAAUCUGGAAGCUGUUUAUGUCUGCCUUUUAUAAAUGUGAAACA